GCUGGCCUCUUGGGUGGCCUGGGCGGUGUUCCUCCGGCGCGUGACCAUCCACUGCCAUGGCCGGGCCGGGGGCUGCUUUCCGCCGCUUGGGCGCCUUGUCCGGAGCCGGGGCCUUAGGCUUGGCCUCCUACGGGGCGCACGGCGCCCAGUUCCCGGAUGCCUACGGGAAGGAGCUCUUCGACAAGGCCAACAAACACCACUUCUUACACAGCCUGGCUCUGUUAGGGGUGCCCCAUUGCAGAAAGCCCCUCUGGGCCGGGUUACUGCUAGCCUCUGGAACCACCUUAUUCUGCACCAGCUUUUACUACCAGGCUCUGAGUGGAGACCCCAGCAUCCAGACUUUGGCCCCCGUGGGAGGGAGCCUGUUAAUCUUGGGCUGGCUUGCCUUGGCCCUUUGAACUUCUUUGUAAUUGAUUGCUGGGUACUUCUUUAAGAGUUGGAGCAGGGAGGGGAUUAAAAGGGAAAGGCAAAUAAAGAACUCGAGUCUU